UGACAUAAAGAAAAGAAAUGACAUGUCAAGAUUUUGACAGUGAAUUUUUCAGUUUUAUUUAUCCAGAAUUUUAUUACGGAAAAGUGAACUGUGACCUUAAAUUACGUUCAAUUGUUAUCAAAAUAACAAUUAUAAGAUCGCUGUGAAGUAUCACCGGUAGUUGAUUAUAAAUAUCAUAAAAAAUAUAGUUUACGACAUCCAGCCAACAAUCACAUUACAUAAAAUGUGAAUGGAGUAAAGCGACAGGCAUAGCACGUGAGAUCCAGUCGAGUUUAGUUGUGACCUAGCUUAACCAACUACAAAGAGAUGAGUAAUGCAGCUGGACCGAUUGUGAAUAAUUUGCCACCUGGAGUGAAUCCUGACAAUAACUUGAUACCUGGUGGUCCUAUCAUACCACCAAACAUGAACCGAAAUAGGAAUAAUAACCAGAAUCCAUUAUUUAAUGUACGGGAAAGGUUAUUCCAUGCAUUAUUUUUCAAGUUUGCUGUGGCAUAUGCACGAACUUUCCCAAGGCCAGUGCGAAGGUUCUUUGAAUUCCUUGUACUUUUGAAGGCAUUGAUUGCAUUCUUUGUGCUAGCAUACAUACACAUAGCAUUUUCAAGAACACCAACAACAUGUUUGAAUCAUGUAAAAGAGUCAUGGCCGAGGGAUGGCAUACUGAGGGUGGAAAUAUUAAGGAAUCCAGCUCAUGACUACUCUAUAGAACAAAGUUACGCUAAGGAAAGGAAAUUGAAAAAAGAUAAAGAUGAAUUAAACUCUAUGAUUAGUAUGUUAGCUACUGAAGGAUUUAUAAAUAUAGAAUCGUCUACUAUUAAAGAGGAGGAUGCUGAAGAGGAUGAAUAUAUCCGCGAUGGCACUGACUACGGCAACAUUACAAGGGUCCUUGACGACAUAGAGACUGGCAAGGUUGUAGAGACACCUUACCUGGAGAGUGUAAGCAAGAAAACACAACCAUCUCCUGGAGAAGAAGAGACUGACUUGAAUGCAACAAUAGUUGUAUCUGGAGAUUUGGUAGAGCCAUCAUCUUCCAUAUGGGAAGGCAUCAUGGGACUUGUCGAAGAUAUGGACAGGGAUGCGAAAUUAACUGAUGAAUCUGUGGAUGAAACAGCAGUGACUGAGGGAAAAGAUGAUGAUUACAUCCUUGAGUAUUCAUUGGAGUACGGCUUCCUCCGUUUGUCACCGAACGCGCGGCUCCGUCUCAAGAUCCCCGUGAAGAUAGUCACGUUGGACCCUCAGAAAGACGCCUGCUUCGGAGACCCAUUCUCCAGAUUUGUCCUCGACGAGUUCCUGGGCUAUGACGACUUGCUCAUGGCGUCUAUAAAGAGCUUGGCUGAGCAGGAGGAUAAUAAGGGAUACUUGAGAAAUGUGAUCACGGGAGAACAUUAUCGCUUCGUGUCGAUGCAGACUGCGCGCACUUCCUACUUCGCGGCGUUCUUCAUCAUGCUAGUCUUUACCGUCUCCAUAUCGAUGUUGCUGCGCUACGCACAUCACCAGAUAUUUGUUUUCAUUGUGGACCUCCUGCAAAUGCUAGAAUUCAACGUCACCGUUUCCUUCCCAGCAGCGCCUUUGCUCACAGUUAUUUUGGCACUAGUCGGUAUGGAGGCAAUAAUGUCUGAGUUCUUCAACGAUACGACGACAGCGUUCUACAUCAUCCUGAUCGUGUGGAUCGCAGACCAGUACGACGCUAUCUGUUGUCAUACUUCCAUCGCUAAAAGACAUUGGUUAAGGUUCUUCUACUUGUACCACUUCUCGUUCUACGCGUACCACUACCGCUUCAACGGCCAGUACAGCAGCCUCGCCCUGGUCACCUCAUGGCUGUUCAUUCAGCAUUCCAUGUUAUACUUCUUCCACCACUACGAGCUUCCAGUGAUACUACAGCAGGCGCAGCUGCAACAGCUGCUGCUGCGCACGCACCACGGCAUGGGCGGCAUGGUGGGACUGGCGGGUAUCGCGGCCAUGGCCAGCGGCGCGGCCUACCACGACGCGCCCGGCACAGCCACGCAGGCCACGCCGCCCACUACGCAGUCCACCACGCAGACUGUCCACAACACCGCCCAGUCUACCACGCAAACUUCACCUUCCGUCUCCACAGUACAAACCAACACCACUCACACCGGUGACGUAGCGCCCGUCCGGUCUACGCCUCCCGAAACGAUCGCUACGGGAACCAACACGUCGACCGAGAACGAGGAGCGAGUCGCCGACAACAGUCUAGUUGGUAACGCCGACAAGAACGUCAGCGCUAGCGGCGAUAAUAUUAGAAUAGAGGAGAUAGCCAGGAAGAAUUCCAAUAUGGAGGUGAAGGUCGUGCAUUGCAGUAACUCUGCUAAUGUCGGCGACAAGAAGCGCGCUCCAAGUAGCGGCAGCAGCGUGGUGGUGUCGGCGAGCGAGGCGGCGGCGGCGGAAGGCCUGGACCGGCGACGGCGCGAGCUGGCCGACGAGGACCCGCCGCUGCACGACGCCUCGCCUGAGGCUGAUGACUUAGACUAGUAACGACUAUUAUCCUAUUUUUUGCAUUAAAUUAUUUAGUUCGGAAUCUAUUUCAGCUUUUGUGAAUAAAAUAUCGUAUUUUAACUAAUAUCGUGUAGAUUUAUAAAUCUCGGCGAUUGCUAAUAACAACAGUGUCCUCUCAAUAUUUACCUGUCACAAUUCACAAACAAGAAGUAAAUGUAGGUUCGAUUUGAAGCCGGUCACCCGGGACGGUCUCGUGUUUUUGUAGGUAACGUUCGGAAUGGUGAUUGUAGUGUGUAAGACUAUGUGCUGCCAUUACAGCAAACAUGUAAAUAUUUAGAUAUCGAUAAAUAUUUAUUAGGAUUUAUGUGUUAAUAUCGAAUUUGUAAUUUGUUACUUUAAUAUGCUUAGUGAAUGUCUGGAGGUGGCGUACUCUUUUCAGUGAUUUAGUUUAUUGCAAUAAAAUAUUUUCGUUCC